ACCCGGGCCAGCGCCCCACCAGCGCGAUGCUCUUCUCGCUGCGGGAGCUGGUGCAGUGGCUGGGCUUCGCCACCUUUGAGAUCUUCGUGCACCUGCUGGCCCUUUUAGUGUUCUCCGUGCUGCUGGCACUUCGCGUAGACGGCCUGGCCCCGGGCCUUUCCUGGUGGAACGUGUUCGUGCCCUUCUUCGCCGCUGACGGGCUCAGCACCUACUUCACCACCAUCGUGUCCGUACGCCUCUUCCAAGACGGGGAGAAGCGGCUGGCUGUGCUGCGUCUCUUCUGGGUCCUCACGGUUCUUAGCCUCAAGUUCGUCUUUGAGAUGCUGCUGUGCCAAAAGCUGGUAGAGCAAACUCGAGAGCUCUGGUUUGGCCUGAUCACGUCACCGGUCUUCAUUCUCCUGCAGCUGCUCAUGAUCCGUGCCUGUCGUGUCAACUAGCCUCAGGCAGGGGCCAGGGAACGAGCACUGCACAGCUGGAAUGCUGGUCCUGGACCUGAAGCCCUGCUUGAGCCACAUCGGAGGGGAGGUUUUGAUCUGAGGGCAGCGCCUGCUUGUGCCUGGCUAAGUACCCAGUUUUCUCUAUGCCAGUCAAGUCUGAGAUUUUUCCUCAUCAGAGCUAACAGAGCAGCCUUGAUUCCUGAAAUAUUUCCUAUUAUUCAUGCUUUGAGUAGCUAAUUCUGAACUGAGAUUUUGAGAAGGACCCCAGGCCAGUUGGAAACUGCAUGUAAAUUGAGUGUCCUGCUGCGUUUUGAGCAUUUUCCGUGGAUCCUGGGGUUGUACUCCUUUACAGAAGUAGCAAAGCUGAAAUUGGAGAUUUUGUCCAGCCAGCAGCAGCAGCCUAAGAGCUCAGUACACCGUCCAUCUAAACCGUCGUUCCUUAGAUGGUUGAGCUCUGAAAAUUCAAGAGCGCUUGUGUCUCCUCCCCUGUGUCAUGGGAGAGAAUAGCCCUUUUUUCAUUCCAGCCCAGGCAAAGACAGACAAAUGUUGAAUAAGAGAAUGACUGGGCAGCUGAGGCAGGAGGACCUUUGUGAGUUUGAGGCCAGCCUGGGCUGUAAAGUGAGCUCAAGGCCAGCCUGAAAUGCAUAGUGAGACCCUGUCUCAAAAAGAAAAAAUAGAGAGAAUGCCUGGGACUCUGUCUGGAUAUCUGCCCUCUGAGUAAAGAACUCAGCUGUCAAGGCAAUGCUUGGUGUUGUUUCAUGGACUUCCAUGUUUCAUGUUGUUGAUUGUAGUUUCAUGGACUUUUCUACCACCUUGUGGCCAGCACCGUUAGGACAUCUGAGACAGAUUUAGGCCUCCUCAAGGGAUCUAAGAUAGGAGCAUGUGCUCUGAUGAUGGUGGACUUGAAGAACUGUAGAUGGGAGCUUGUGAGUGGCCCAGGUUUGUUGGCCUGAGUUCUUUGGUUUGAUGGGUCAGGUGCCAAAUGAGAAUAUUUGCUAAGAUGAAAAUAAAAUAAGAGAAUGUUUUCCUGAAAUGAAAA